AUGGCGUUGUCUCCGUCUUCACCCUCAUCCUCAUCGUCGGUGUCAUCUGCUUCCCCUCUGCGCUAUUAUCAGCGCAGUCAGGCGGACAACCAGCUCUUGCCGCUCGACAUCAUCAUCCAGAUCUUUAUGCACCUCUCACAAGAACCCCAAGACCUACUUAACUGCGCUCUUACCACACGGACUUGGACAGCACCCGCACUUCAGGAGCUCUACCGCCACCCAUGGUCCUAUCUCUUUACAUACCAGUUCGAGACUGAGGGCCGGGUCAUGGACAAGGCCGGGUCGAUGCUUUUGCUCAGGACGCUGUUCCAAGGAUGCAUGGAUCCCUCCCGAACGACGCUCCCCUACGCUAGCUUUGCUAGGAGUAUUAAUCUUAAAUGGGUCCACGAUACCUUUGACCUUCCCGAAGUUGAUAUCCAGACCUUGACCGGAUUCAGGUGGACCAGGAAUGAGGCGCCCAAGGAUUAUCUGAUUCGACAUCUACUCGCCCAUAGACCGUACUUGAGCGACUUUGUCCACUGUCAUGCCCCUCGGUUGCCACGUUGCCUUUUCGCUCACAUGACCGCGACAGUUACAGAGAAUAAUGGCGACGAGGUUGGAGGCGUCAAUGAGCAGGGGGGGACUGUCUUGCCGACUUACGAGACCGAUGUCAAUGGCACUAUGGUUGUGGUCGAACCUGCCGAGACGAUCAACACUGCUUUUACAGCGAGCACUGACAGCGACGACUGGGAAGCCAUGAUGCAGGAUGCAACCAACGAGGACUUGUUGCCGUUGCUGGAUGCCAGUCUUCUGACCACACCUCCAUUGCUCCCAGUCCAACAACAACAACCCAUUGCUACAGCCAUGCCCUUGGUUCACCCUGAACUUGUGCAUUCUUCCGUUGUGGAACCAUCAAUCAACAACCCCGACAUCCCUCAGGGCGUACAAGGUUCAUUCUUGCAGAUCUUGAAUGCUGGCACUAGUUCACAGUCAGUCGUGUCAGAAGUCCCCCAUACGCUCUUCUCGCCAGUGGUUCUGCCACACGUUCCCAACCCAUUCGGAUCACCUCUUGUGACGGCGACCGUCCAGUAUAUGGAAGAGGAGGAGGGUGGGGUUGGAGCAAGCCAGUUUGGUGAUGCUAUUGUGGCGACUGGAUCGAUCGAGGAAGCGGAUGAGGAUUUUCUCAUGGACGACGUUCUGGACAUGACAAUCACCGGACACUCACAUGAAGCCAACCAGUCACUGGUUUCUAUGGCGUCGUCGUCAACUCAGUCCGCAGCUGCCGCUACAGCAAGCGGAGAGCCACAAUUGGUCUAUGGAUUCCAACAACCAUUCGAUCCCAGCAACUUUACAGAACUCCACAGUCGGUCAACCUCAUCGUCGUCAUCAAGUUCAAGUUCAAGUUCAUCUGCUUUCAAGCCCUUCCUUGCGACCUGGCCAUUGACUCUGGAACAAACGACCAGUCUUGUCUACCUCGACCUCCGAUAUGCGCUUGUCUCUGACAGUCUGGUCAUCUCCCUGGCUACCAAUUGCCACAGGAUUGAGUCUCUCAAGGUUGCGACCCAUUGGCAGCACUUCCCCCACUCCUACUCUGUCACCGACCAUGCCCUGGCGUGUCUUGUAGCGUCCCAACACGGUCUCAAAUUGGUCCACGUCGACAACCACCGGGAGAUCAGUCAAGGACACGAGUUAAUCAAGACGAUUGAUAUGUUGACCAAGCUCCAUGGCGAGACUUUGGAGGCCUUGGUUCUCAAGUCGCACGAUUUCCAGAACUGCCGGUUGACUGCCCUCGGAAAGGCUUGCAAGAGGCUCAGCAAGUUUUCCGCCCCCGGAGGAAUGCACUUGCUAAGGGAGGAGGUCGUGGGGCUGACGGAGGCUUGUAAGCUGACGCUGGAGCAUCUGGACUUUUCCAACUCGGAUAUCGAGACAGACUGUCUGAUGACGGUCAUGAAGGGGCUGUCGACACCCGCAGCGGCCAAGGGUGUAUUGAAGGCGUUAGUCCUGUUGGGGAUGGAGGAUAUGCUGAACCAGGACACCUGCACGGCGAUUGGCGAGCACGGAUCGGGUUUGGAUUGCUUCCGACUGGAUAUUCUGGAAUCGGAGGCGCGGGAUGUCGGUCUGAUGUUGAGUCGACCUUGUGCGUUAAACCUGCGUGUCCUCACCUUGGGCUGCCACGACGUCCACGGUGAGUUGUCGAACAACAUCCUGGAGCAGAUUUCGCUCAAUUGCCGGAACUUGGAGCUGCUGGAUGUCAAUCACUGGCAGUUCUCGGCUGCUGCGAUCGAGGCUGUGAUACGCGAGUGCGGGAUGUUGCGGUAUCUCAAUGUGAGCUAUACGGAUAUUGCGGAGAGCACGGCUGAGAUCAUUUGUGGGUGUCUGGGGGAGGUCAAGGAGGUCUCUGUUACAACGACUGCUGCGAUUUCGGCUGUGUCUGCUUCUGCGGCUGCUGCGGCGACAAACUCUUCUGUGGAUUCGCCCAUAUCAACACCACUCCUUGUUGGCUCUUCCUCGGACGGAUCUCAUCUUCAGACUCCAGCCCCAGUCCACCCGCUCAGCGAGCCGACGAUCGAGAGUCAUUUGCCUUCCCGAGAACCGACAAAUCAUAUGUUGGCAGCAGUGGAGGAAUCUCACGAGCGUGAAGCCUUGGAAGAGGCGCUUGAGGCAGAGAGAGUCGAACUGCUUAGGAAGCAACAACGUGGCAUGGAGGCGGCACGGAGCAAGGACGAGUUUGACGACGACGAGGGAGUUAUUAGCGGCGCUGGUGCAGUUGACUACAUGGAUACUAAUUUGGAUCACGGCCAGCAGUUUGUCACACCCGUCUAUUGCGCGAACGGAGGUCCCAAGAAGCAGUCACAGCUGGGUUUGGUCCACCACCAUUCAAACGUUAUGGAUCUUCGGACGAUCAUGAACUUGGACUUGGAUAUGGACCUCUCGAUUCAUUUGGAUGAGAUGACGGGCAUGGAUUUGGAUAUGUGUUUGGAUCUGGAGCGGUAUCAUCGCAAGAGCUCAUAUCAUGACCGUGAUGAUGUUGAGGGAGAUGAUUCGGAUGGGGUUGAGGAGCAGCUGGAGGAAGAUGAGGAUGUGUACAUGGAGCUAGAUGAGGAGGAGGGGGACGUUGGCGUUGUUGCGGAGGGAGAGGAGCCUGUGGUGCGCGUGAGGGAGCCCAAGGGCAAGGAUAUUGAUCGUGGAGGCGAUGCCUACGGACAUCAUCAUCACAGCCACACACACUUCAUCGCAUCUGGAGUCUCGACGUUCUCUACGUCCUAUGAGUCGACCACAUCCUCCUCGUCGUCGUCCUCGUCGUCCUCGUCUUCGUCGUCAAGUUCUUCUUCCUCGUCUUAUAUGGCUCAGGACGACAACGGUCUGCAGGUUCAAGUUCAAGACGGCUAUAUUUCUCUCCAGGCUGCUGAAGCUCGUGUGUUGGAUGCCUUCCACUGCACGCCGUUGUUGCCGGCACUUCCGAUCCCGUCGAGACUUGAGGAUAAUGGCGUUGUUAUUGAUGGCGCAUCACAGGAUCCAAUCUCGAUUUCUGUCGUUGCUGGCUGCUCGAUGCCGUCCGCUUCGUCGUCAGGAGUCGCUACUGCCGAUUCUUUGGACAACAACAACAACAACAACAACAACAGCAGCAGCAAUGAUAGCUCGCAGUCGAAACCUCACGGCCUUAUCAACAAGGCCAGCGAUGACUUCUUGUUGAGUGAGGCGGGUACUGUGGCGAUUGAGGAGGUUGUUGAACAGACGGCCGUUGGCUCAGGAUCGCACAUUGUCGUUGAAGACCAGGAUGUGGUCACUCCGUUACUUUCGUCUGCUUUGACCCAGGCGGCUUCUGACGAGGCCUUAGGAUCCACAACCGUCGAAUCAACAUCAAGUGCUCCUCCGACUUCAGCCAUUUCCACCACCCAUGCACCAACAUUAGCCACACCAGCCUCCAUUAUGCUGGACGAAGCGACACUGGCCUGGAUAAAAGACUCGCGUCUGGAACAAGUCAACGUCGAAUGCUGCUCAAACCUCUCCCUGGCAACCAUGACCAAGAUCAAGAGCCUCGGACAAGACCGACAAGCAGAACUGGCAAGACAGGGCCGGAAGAAGAGUCGGAUCUGGAUGGAGAAUGAGCAUGAUAUGAUGAUGGCUCGGUUGGCGGUUGAGCGUGGGCCCGAGUUGCCGGCGGAGAGGCUUGUGGCAAGGGUUAGCACUAUCACGAGUUCUUCGGCUUCUAUUGCGGCGGCUACUUCUGGAGAUACGACGGUGGCGUCUGUUUCUGAGAUGGAUGCUCAGACACAGUCACAAGCACUGGAAUCUUCUUCACUGGUUCUGGAUGCAGUAGCCGCCACUGCCGCCGACGCCGCCCCAGCAUCAGCAGCAGCAGCAGCGGACGAGCCCAUGGGUGGCGAGGAGAUGCCAGCCGUCGAAGUUAUUGCAUGA